CGGCAGGGAAAGGAAUCGAAGUACUGUUAUUCGGCAGUGACAGUUCGCAGUACACAGCCGGAACUGCCUCACUAUCUGCAGUGUAUCUUACCACAUCAUUUAGUGUGCACACUUUUUUUUUCAACGGAUCUUUUUCAACGAGUCAAUUAAAGUAGGUCCUACUGCAGAGGGGAUCACACUUCUCUCUCAAUCCUGUGACAGCCAGCAUGCCUGUGAGACUACGUAUCUUCUCCCUCAACUGCUGGGGAAUACGCUACCUUAGUAAGCACUGUGCUCAGCGAUAUGCCAUGAUUGGAGAUCUGCUAAGCAAGGAGCAGCAUGACGUAGUAUUACUGCAGGAGGUUUGGAGUGAAAAAGACUUCCACUUCUUGAAAACCAAGCUUGGCAGCACACAUCCUCAUUCCCAUUAUUUUAAAAGUGGAUUUUUUGGGAGUGGACUGGCGGUCUUUUCCAGACAUAGAAUCCAUGAUGUCUUUCUGUACAAAUACUCCUUAAAUGGUUAUCCCUACAUGGCCCAUCAUGGAGACUGGUUCGGGGGUAAAGCUGUUGGGAAAUUACUGCUGAAAAUCAGUGGAUUGAUGGUGCAUGUCUACGUCACUCACCUGCAUGCUGAGUAUUCCAGAGAGCAAGAUUCCUAUCUCCCCCACAGAGUGGUGCAGGCCUGGGAACUCCAAAACUUUAUACGGCACACAUGUGCUGGGGCAGAUGUGGUGAUACUAGCGGGGGAUUUGAACAUGCACCCUGAAGACCUCGGCGUGAGAUUGCUGCGCAGAUACAGUGGACUCCGGGACUGCUUCAUUGAGACAGCCAGCUUUGAUGGAUGUGAACAGGGAUUCACCCAUAUAACAGACAACCCCUUCACAAAUACUCAUGAACUUAUUCCGUUUGGAGGAGGAAUCCGUAUUGACUACAUCUUAUUCAAGGGAUCAGGGAGAGUGGAUGUGAGCUGUGAAUCUCUGUCCACUACCAAGGGCUCUGUUCCUGGGUAUGACUUCCCUUACUCAGACCAUGAAGCUCUCAGCACUGAGCUGCUGCUUUCCCCUUUGAAAGACGAGAAGGAAGAAAAAGAUUACAAUGCAGUUAGUAUUUCUGAGCUGAUAAACAUUGUGACCGAGGCUCGUACGGAGGUGAAGGUGGGCCUGCAUUGUGCUGAGCGCAUGCGCUACACGGCUGCACGCACUGGGUUUAUGGGCCUGGCCUUGUUGCUGCUGGAGAUGGCCAUAGCUGCUGUGCCUAUUUUCUCCCUGGGAGCUGAACAGCCUUUCCCCAAAGCUUCCUUCUACCUACUGGGGGCGCUGUGCUUCGCCAUCCUUCUCUCUGCUGCCUUCCUGUACAUCUUUUACAGCAUGGAGGUGAAGUCUCUACAAGGAGCAGAGGACCAGAUGAGGAUUGCAGUAGGCAGCCUGCAAGAACAUCUGAAGGAGCUACCUGAGGUUAUAGGUGAGGACCAUUCUCAAAGGGAACCUGACACUGUAGAGUCAGAAGAGUGAUCAACCAAGAUUCAAGCCUGUGAACACUGCUGAACCACUUAACUAAAUUUCUGGGAUAUUUCCUUGCUUCUAGCAAGUUGACAUGUGUUCUUAAUUCAUAGACUUUAAACAAGGCUCAGCUGAGCCACUCUCACUGAAUCUGCCUUGUUUUAGAUGGUUCCAAAUCUGUCCUAUGGACCUGAUUCUCUCUAUGGCCCUGUUCACACCUGGUAUUAACAUGCGUCCUGGGUGAUCGGACCACAAGUGGACAGCGCUAAGUACAGGUGCGAACUCAAACCACAUUCGGAGGUGGUCUGGGACGCAUAGGACCACAUUACUUUUGUACUGUGAACGUAAAUGCGUCCCGAGGCCUCGGGGAUAGCAACGAAGGACCAACUAAUUGAUUAUUGCCCUAGCUGGAAAUCAUGUAAUCAUUGCGAGCCUUUUCGGAAAUGGCGCUGAAUGGUAGAGCUCUCCGCUGCAAGGCUAAUGGGUAAAGGUGAUGAUAGCAGCAGAGAUGCAAGCAGCUGCUUCUCAUAGCUUCUUUCAUCAUCUCAUCUCAUUCAUUUAUUUCAUUUAUAUUAAGUUUCAUUAGACUACCAAAUGUUUGACAAAUGAAAGGUGCAUGAAAUAUUAUUCGUGGGACAUUUCUGCCUAAAAAUAAAUGCCGUGGAAGACUGACGUAAUAAAUGAUAUAUGAAAUCACAAGCGAUCACUGAAGAUGCCAGGUGUGAACGAGUGGGUAUACGUUUCGGCUGUCCACGUAUGAUCGGAUCACCCAGGACACGUGUUAAUGCCAGAUGUGAACGGGGCCUAUUUCUCACUAGCUGUCUUACUCACUUUUAGUAGGCUGAAGAUUCUCCACAAGAGGGAGCUAUUAGCACCACAGGCAAAAAAGCAUGUGAGUGGCACUUCUGAUUAGUAAUACUAUGUGUCCUUGUUCUGAGUGAUGAGAUUGCAGCCCAGCAUAUAGCUCAUAGAUGGAAGUCUGUCUCAGGAAUUUGACUGGACCAAUCAUCUUGCUUAGUCACAAAUAGAGAACAAUCAUCAGGAACAAGACUGAAAGAAAUUAGUAACCAAAGUGUAAGCAAUAACAUUGCAGAAGCAAACUUAUACCACAGCCCUGCUGAAUUCUCGAUUCUGAUUGGUCAGAAGGUGUUGCUUAAUUUUCUGUAUCAUCACCUCACCUCACUGUUGAUUAUUUUCUUAUAAAAGCACACUCCAUCAUGUUUUAUCCCUUACAUACUGUACAUUUCCAUGUCCCAUUAGAAAAAUAGGCCAGUUACUCCUCUUAUUUAAUGGUUUUUCACCUUAUUUCUUGUAGUAAUUAAGGCAUAUAAGCUUUUUAUGUUGGCAUUAUGCAUUUUUUUUCAGAUCUAACAAAACUCUUAUUUAUCAGGCCCAGUAGAAAUUGCUUUUUUGUUUCUAAAUAAAUAAAUAAAUAAAUAAAUAAAGGAUUGAUCUCAAUCCUGCAGGGCAGGUGAUUCUAAUAACCACUCAUUUUUCUUAGAUUAGUUUAUUGUCCUCCUUAUAUUAGAUGUUUCCUGCUUAUCACCUGUAUUUGUAUUUGUGUUUACACAAAUAGUAAUAGAUAAAAACUAUACAUUUGUAUUUUUUGUCUUUUAAUAGCAUCUACACUUAACUCUGUACUGUAAUCAUUAACUCCUAUUUUAUCACACACAUUAAUAUAUUUACUGUAUACGUACACAUUAUGAAUGUUGAAUGCAGAGACAGGUUUGUAAUAUUUGACCAAGGACUUAAGUAAACUUAACAUAAUGUCAGUUUCAUGUAUCCAUGUUUGUAUACCUCAUACAUUUCAGUUGUCUACACUCUGUAAACCCUAUAUGCAUUAAAUGUUACUCACUUCACGAGUUCCAUGAGUUCAGUUGUUACAACACAUGCACUUUUUUUUUUUUUUUAGAUUAAAUAAAUUAUU